AUGCAUCACAAAGGUUUCGCGCUGUCUUUUCUCCUCUCGACUCUCGCUCUUGCCAGGCUUCAAGUGGAUGCCGGAGGACUAAGUGGUUUUCCAGUUUGUGCGCAAGAUAUCACGGCCGCUUCUUUGAACUCUUCUGGAUGCCCCUUGACCGACAUAGCCUGCAUCUGCGGCUCCGCGGCUUUCAUCAAGGCAAUCACCAACACCAUCGUACAAUCAUGCUCUGCCUCUGAUGUUCAAGCCGCCAUCGCAUUCGGACAAGCAAUCUGUGGUCCAUCUCUCGGUGCCGCCCUGCCAUCUACUAGCUCCACUCCAGAAUCCAGCCCAGCGCCUGUAGGCCCUACGAACAACUCGUACGGUGCCACGACCACCACUGUGCCAGGAACAUUGACCUCGAUGACCAGUGUUCCAGCUGACGGGAGCAUGAGCGCAUGCAUGAGGACGUCUGUCUCCACCACUCCCGACACACACUAUCAGUCUGGCAUGAUAGCCACAACUUACACCACCACCACCAUGAUGACGACCACGAGCGGAACGGAUUCCCAUCUGGCUACGUUCACUGGUGCCGCGUUCAAUGCAAAGGCCGGACAGGACAUCAUGGCUGCUGCUCUUGGUGUUGCUGGCGCUGUCGCUUUGUUGUAG